AUGGAUCAAUUGCUUAAACUAGAUGGUAUAAUGGUUGAAGGGGAUGUGAAAUUAAAGAGGAAAAUUCAGGUAAAAAGAGUUCAAAAGUAUGUUGAAACUCUGGAUUUGUUGAAGAUUAAGAAUUCCUUGCCUAGUAGCAAUGGACACCAUGCACCAGUGCAACAUCAACAGAAGCAUUCAAAUGGCCAAAAACUGGGACCAGAUUUAGAGCAACAAGAAAAGCACUCAAAUGGACAUAAGAGAUUACCCUUAGCACCAAUUAAGGAACAGCAACAACAAAAACAACCAAGGAACUCAAAUGAAAAUUUCCUAGAACUUUACUAUGAAGAACAACAUCAACCCUCAAGGAAUUCCACCUCAGGAGUUGUAGUUACCACAAAUUGGGAAUUGUUUGAUUUUGCCCCACCAUUAAUCCCUGUUCAAUCCACAUCCUCUCCCCCACCACCCCCAAUGUCCAAUAGUUCAGGUCUUCCCAAGUUCAAUUGGGAACUCUUUAACUAA